GGCUAUUCAUACCUCCAGAACGUGUCUGCCAUCUGCUCCGUCUUGACCCUCACUGCCAUGAGCAUGGAGAGGUACUACGCUAUCCUGUUCCCGUUCCGAGCGAAGUACAUCCUGACCGUCCACCAAGCUCAGAGGAUGACGGGUCUCGUCUGGGUUCUGUCUGUCCUUCUGUCCACGCCUAUUCUCUUCAUCCAGGUCCACAGCCGUGUGGGCGUGCGGGUGGAGUCAUUCUGGUGCCACAGGAACUGGGAGAACGCGGCACUCUGGCGCGCCUACGAGACCUACAUGCUGGUGGUAGUGCUAGCGGUGCCCACUCUCAUCAUGGGCUUCGCCUACACCGCCAUCGGCUGUAAGCUCACCAAGGUCAUGAUAGAACGUUCCUCGCUCGUCGGCGCCGGCUCCCAUGUGGUGACGAGCAGGAGCCGAGACGAUGAUCGAGACGUACGACAGAUCGUAACGAUGCUGUUGGUGGUGGUGGUGUUGUUCAUCAUGUGCUGGGCCCCCAUGCUCGUUACCAACGUGCUGAGGGCGUGGGGCGUCCUGCCUACCUACGACCCAGCCUUCUACAAGCAUCUCUACAACGCUGUUCACCUCCUCGCCUACUUCAACAGCUGCAUCAACCCUAUCGUGUAUGGUUUCCUCUCAAAGAACUUCCGAGAGAGCUUCUACCUGGCGCUAUGUCCGUGUGUCCGCGCCCGUCGGCCACCCGCCAGGCAAAUGUCCCUCUCACACACGCGAACCACAUCAGUCGGGUUCAAGGAGAGUUUCCGGUUGAGUGUCCGAUACAGUAACCGGGCCACCAAUGUAUAAGUGUCCGAUACAUUAACCGGGCCACCAAUGUAUAAGUGUCCGAUACAGUAACCGGGCCACCAAUAUAUGUGUGCAAUAUAGUAACUGGGCCGCCAAUGUAUAAGUGUUCAAUACAGUAACUGGCCAACAAAUGUGUUAGUGUCUAAUACAGCAACUGGGCCACAAAUGUAUAAGUGUCCAAUACAGAAACUAGACCACAAAUGUAUUAGUGUCCAAUAAAGCAACUAGGCCACAAAUGUAUAAGUGGCCAAUACGGCAACUUUGCCUCAAAUGUGUUAGUGUCCAAUACAGUAACUCGGCCACAAAUGUAUAAGUGUUCAAUAUGGCAACUGGGCCUCAAAUGUAUUAGUGUCCAAUACUGCAACUGGGCCACUAAUGUAUUUAGUGUCGAACUCUCCACUGGCACAACCAACUUGUGAAUGUCCAGCCACCGAACUAAACAAUAAACAUAAAAUAUUUGAACCUCAACUGAUCAACCCAACAUCAGUGUCCUAUCCCCCCCCCAAUGU